AUGGCCGCUGCAAGCAGCUCAGUUGUGCUGGUAUUGUUAGCCAUCUCGGUGCCAACCCUCUUAACCGGCAUCAUGUGUUCUUCUCUGAGCCUCAGUUCGACGCCAACCAAUGGCAGUGACACCGACCUUGCGGCACUGCUGGCUUUCAAGAGCCAGCUCUCUGAUCCUCUCGGUAUCCUGGCCAAUAGCUGGACACCUAACGUGUCCUAUUGUCGCUGGGUCGGCGUCUCAUGCAGCCGUCGCCAGCAGCGCGUCACGGCGCUGUCGUUGCCAGAUGUUCCCCUCCAAGGAGAGCUCAUCCCUCACCUCGGUAAUCUCACUUUCCUCUCCGUGCUCAACCUCUCGAACAGCAAUCUCACUGGUUCCAUCACUGGAUCCAUCCCGGCAAAUCUUGGCAGGCUAUGUAGGCUCAGGGUUCUUGCUCUUUUCGGAAAUGACCUCUCGGGUGCCAUUCCAAGUAACUUAGGAAACCUCACAAGGCUCGAGCUUCUACGCUUGGGUUACAACAGCCUCUCAGGAGAUAUCCCACCAGGGUUGUUGCAGAAUCUCCGCAGCAUUCAGAAAAUUGCUCUCACAAACAAUGAGUUGAGUGGCCAGAUACCACCAUAUCUAUUCAAUAACACGCCUUGCCUGAGGUACAUCUACUUGGGAAACAAUAGCUUAUCAGGUUCGAUACCACACAGUGUAGCCUCCCCGCCCAUGCUCGAAGUACUAAGCCUAGAGUACAAUCAACUUUCUGGUUCAGUACCCACAACCAUCUUUAACAUGUCUAGGAUGCAAGCCUUGUCUUUAAUGCAUAACAAUUUAAAUGGACCGAUUCCAAACAAUCAAAGUUUCAGUCUCCCAAUGCUACAUCUUAUUGCUCUUGAUUUGAAUAACUUCGUAGGUCGGAUUCCAUUAGGGCUUGCAGCAUGCCAAUACUUGCAAUCGAUAUCUUUGUCUGUCAAUUUUUUUGUUGAUGUUGUGCCAUCAUGGUUGCCUCAGCUGUCACAUCUUACCUAUCUCUCCAUGGGUGGUAAUCUCAUAACUGGCUGUAUCCCAGCCUUUUUAAGCAAUCUCACCCAACUUACACUACUAGACCUUUCAUACAGCAAUUUGACAGGAGAGAUUCCGAAAGAAAUAGGCAUCAUGCGAGAGCUCUCAUAUCUGCAUCUUUCAUGCAAUGCACUGGCAGGUCAACUUCCAACUUCUCUCGGAAAUUUAUCAAAACUAUCUUUCCUGUCGUUGAAUACAAAUUCAUUGUCUGGGUCAGUACCGGAAACACUUGGGAACAUUCGAGCUCUGAACGUUCUUGAACUGUUUGAUAACAACUUUACAGGGAGCCUUGACUUCCUAUCUUCCAUUUCUAAUUGUGGACAACUCCAGUAUCUUGGCUUAUCUUCUAAUUCCUUCACCGGAGGACUCCCUGACCAUGUGGGAAACCUCUCUGCAAAAUUACUUAGUUUCAACAUAUUUGGCAACAAGAUAACAGGUAGGCUUCCAUCAGCAUUGUCAAACUUAAGUAGUCUUGAAUUUUUAGGUCUUUCCAACAACCUAUUCAUGGGAGCAAUCCCCGAAUCAAUCACAGGGAUGCAAGAUCUCAUUUUCCUUGGCAUCUCUAACAGUGACUUGUCAGGCCCUAUACCAUCACAAAUUGGUAUGCUCAGGAGCUUGCAAAGGUUGUAUCUUAAUGGAAACAAAUUAUUUGGACCUAUACCAAAUAGCAUUGGAAACCUUAGUAGGCUAGAAUUCAUCCAGAUAUCUGAUAACCAGUUAAAUUCAACUAUACCAGAAAGCUUCUUCCACCUUGAUAAACUUAUCACACUAGAUCUUUCUAACAAUUCCCUUAUUGGUGCACUGUCCAGUGACCUUGGUGGGCUAAAACAAGUGGUUAGCAUUGACCUCUCUUCCAACUUUCUGAAUGGAACCAUCCCAGAAUCAUUUGGACAAAUUAUUAUGCUCACUGUCCUAAAUCUAUCACAUAACUCAUUUGAUGGUCCGAUCCCUGAUUCCUUUCAAGAGCUUGCUAGCUUAGCAUCUUUAGAUAUCUCCUUCAAUAAUAUCUCUGGUACAAUUCCCAAGUUCCUUUCUAAUUUCACUUACUUGAUAACCUUGAAUCUCUCCUUCAAUAAGCUAGUAGGGAAAAUACCAGAGGGAGGUAUUUUUUCAAACAUCACAUCGCAAUCUUUGACUGGAAAUGCUGGGCUAUGUGGGGCUCCCCGUUUAGGAUUUUCUCCAUGCCUUCAGAAAACACGCACUAAUAAUAGACACCUAAUAUUCCUACUUCCAGCUGUCACAAUAACAUUCGGUUCUAUUGUUACCUGUGUCUACCUAGUGAUAAGAAGGAAACUUAAGAACAUGAGGGAGGUUCCAGAUACUUUCAUGGAUGAAGGCAAUGUUAUAAGCCAUAGAUUAGUCUCCUACCAUGACCUCAUCUUAGCCACUGAUAAUUUUAGCAACAACAACCUUUUGGGGACUGGAAGCUUUGGAAAAGUUUAUAAGGGCCAGCUGAGCACCGGUUUGGUUGUUGCUAUUAAAGUUCUAGACAUGCAGCUAGAACAGGCCAUUAGAAGCUUUGCCGCCGAGUGUCAUGUGCUUUGUGUGGCUCGGCACCGGAACCUGAUAAAGAUACUGAGUUCCACUUCCAACAUGGACUUUAGAGCAUUAGUGCUUGAGUACAUGCCAAAUGGCAGCUUGGAUAUGCUCCUGUACACCGAAAGAAAACGGCACUUGGGUUUCCUCAAGAGGUUGGAUAUCAUGUUAGAUGUGGCAAUGGCAGUGGAGUAUCUACACCAUGAGCAUUACGAGGUGGUCUUGCAUUGUGAUUUGAAGCCCAGCAAUGUGCUAUUUGACAACCAGAUGACGGCGCAUGUGGCAGACUUUGGCAUCACAAAGCUGCUUUUGGGUGAUGACAACUCCAUGAUCUCUUCUAGCAUGACUGGAACAAUUGGUUACAUGGCACCAGAGUAUGGAUCUUUUGGAAGAGCAUCACGCAAGAGUGAUGUUUUCAGCUUCGGAAUCAUGCUCCUAGAAGUCUUCACUGCAAAGCGACCCACAGAUCCUAUGUUCACCGGAGAGCUGAGCAUUAGGCAGUGGGUGCAUCAAGCAUUUGCAACCGGCCUUGCCUCUGUUCUGGACAACCGGCUGCUGCAAGAUGAAGCACUUUCUAUCCAUGACCUGAAUGUCACUCUUUCAUCAAUAUUUGAGCUGGGUUUGCAAUGCUCAAGUGAUUCACCUAACCGAAGGAUGUCAAUGAGAGAUAUCGUGGUGGCACUGAAGAAGAUCAAGAAGGGCUACACCAAAUAGAUAUCAGCAAGCACGGAGAGUGCCACUCUGACUACCCAAUUCAAUGCUAAGCCCUCCAAUAUCGACAUCCAAACGAAGCCUUAUAGUAUUCAUCUGGCGUGUCUCUUCAGAAGUAGAACAUCAGCUAUCUUGGUCAAGUCCGAAAUAAGUAUGUAAUAUGCUUCAUAUUGUUAGGUAAUCCAAGUGCUGCUCCUACAUAUUUGCUUAUGUACAAAAUAGGAUAGCUGUUGGUGGCCAAGUUCCCUGCAUGCUUGCGCGGGAGCUUAAGCCGGUCUGUUUAGUUUGAGUAGAGUUUGCGCGCUCUGUCUUUGCGCGGGAACGCGUCGAGAUCGCCCAGAUUACUCGGCACGAUGGAGGCUCGUGGGAUGGCGCGAGUUGAGGAACGUCGUGGGGAGUGGUUUGGGCGAGUUAGUGGCCACAUGGUCCUCUUUUGUUUUCAACUAUAAAUGUGUCAAUGGAUAACAGAAAAAGUGGUUGAAUUUGCCGCA